CAUCAUCCUCCCUGUGCCUGCAGCCCCAUCUUCCCGGGAAGCCAGCCUACAGGCCAGCCGGCCACCUGAGGAGCCCCAAGCCCCAAGCCCUGCGCUGCCGUCGCAGUUCAAGCAGAGGGCGCCCAUGUACAACAGCGGCCCUGCUGCGCCUGCACCUCCUGCCUCGCCCCUAACGCCCACCACACCCCCGGCUGCUGCCCUCCCCACGCAGACGCCCCCUGUGGCCAUGGUGGCCCCACAAGCCCAGCCACCCGCCCAGCCACAGCCCAAGAAGAACCUGUCCCUAACGAGGGAGCAGAUGUUCGCUGCCCAGGAGAUGUUCAAGACAGCCAACAAAGUCACACGGCCUGAGAAGGCCCUCAUCCUGGGCUUCAUGGCGGGCUCCCGAGAGAACCCGUGCCAGGAGCAGGGUGACGUGAUCCAGAUCAAGCUCAGCGAGCACACAGAGGACCUGCCCAAGUCAGACGGCCAGGGCAGCACCACCAUGCUGGUGGACACAGUGUUCGAGAUGAACUACGCCACGGGCCAGUGGACACGCUUCAAGAAGUACAAGCCCAUGGCCAACGUGUCCUAGGCGCCACCUGCCGUGCCCCUGGCAGCCUGCCCUGGGCCCCGAGGGACUCCACUCCGCUGGCCUCCUGGGCGACCAGCUCCAGUGUGGCUCAGCCCUGCUCACUUAAGCUUCAGAUGCUUUUCUCUGGGGUGGUUUGGACUUAUUUUUACAUUUUAACAUGGGUUCCCUUUUGUGUGAUUUAAGAUACUUUUGGAUUCAAUAUUACAUUUUUCAAUGUUACCAAAAAAGAAGUAACUUCUGAGUUUUAGCAGCUCCGCCUGUUAGACUGUUAUCUUUAUUUUUUCUUGCAUCCCACUGACCGUGAGGUGGGCCCUCCUCUGCUAGUGCAGUGCUCGCUGACUGAUGUGGAGGGGGCCGGGGUGGCCCCCGGGAUAGCUGGGUGCAGGGCGGCCGCCCGCCAGGGCCCCGGCGCGGCAGACGCCAGGAACACUCACCGCCCAUGGGUCUCCGAGUUGCCUUUUGUGCAGCUGUGAGCAUUUCAGACUUUGGGCACCUGUUUUCAUUGUAAGAAAUGAAUUAAAGUCCAGCUUUUCUAAAGAAA